CCUGAAGCAUUAAUUAUCGAUGAGCCCCGCGCACGCGCACCACCACUAACCUACAUAAAACAACCCGCAUCCUUUUGAGUGUGAGCAUCAUCAGCAUCAUCGUCUGAUUGGAGGUUCUCGACCGUCGGAGCAGAACCAUGACGUCCAGAUGUUCCCUGCAGACAGCGGUUCUCCUGCUGAUGCUGCAGCUCGUCUGUGUCCCUGCAGCUGCGGAGGAGUCCGGCACCGUCAUCCCGGCAGAAAGUCGUCCAUGUGUGGACUGUCACGCCUUUGAGUUCAUGCAGAGGGCGCUGCAGGAUCUCAAGAAGACGGCCUUCAACCUCGAUGCCAGGACAGAGACGCUGGUGCUGAGAGCAGAGAGGAGGGCUCUGUGCGACUGUAUGACCACCAACUCGCUGCGCUGAGAUCUGCACUCCAGCACCAGCACCAGUCAACCCGAAGACACGUCAACCAGUCGUCAUUACACCCCCCCCCCCUCCACACACACACACCACCACCACCACCACGCUGAACCAAACCCUGCUCCACCCUCAUGUACAUUCUCAUCUUAAGUUAUUCUUCACGAAAGGCACUUUAUUUUCUCUUUGUCGUCACAUCUCUUUUAUUUCAGAUCAUCUGAAAUCAUCUUUAAUACCCCCCCCCCCCCCCCCCCCCAUGGGAUUCGGUUCAGCUCUCACCUGUCUCCUCUGAAACAAACUAUUUUUUGUACUUUUUAGUAUUUGAGUGAAUAAUGUAGAUAAUAGUAGAAUGCAUUGGUCAAACUUACUUGUCGAAUGUGUUGUAUGAGAUUAAUGUUUACGAUGAUUAUACUCAUCAAACUGUAGCAUCUCAUGGAAUUUAUUUACCUGCUUUGAAUUAGUUGAUUAAAUGACCGGUCGGCAGAAUGUUAGUAACUUCACACAUUCAAAUGAUUUGAUUUUGCAGCCUGGCUUCUUUUGGAAAAAAAAAAGAAAAGGAAAAAGGUUUGGUAACUUAAUAAAAAAACGUCUUUUUAAAAUGUUGUUUUGUAAAGAAAUGUCAGUAGAAAAAAAAUAUAUAACAUUUUGCAAACAAUAGAUUUUUUAAGGCAGAGAGAGUCCUUGUAGGUCUUGAUUUUAGCAAAGCACUGUAGCAUGAAUUUACUGCACUUUCUGUUCAAGUACUGGUAAUAUAGAUUGUAUGUAUCCGUCACGUAUGUGUACAUGAGUACAUGUAACGCAGGUGUCCACGGACUUUGUCUUCUCGGUCUGACGGCGGUGAAGGAAGAGGAGUGAUGAAGAGUAAAGAAUCAGAUGAGCUGUGAUAUCAGCAGAGGGAUCCAUAGAAGGAAACUAGCUGCAGCAGCAGGAGAUAGAAAUAAUAUUUGUCUUGUUGUUGCUCGUUCAUGAACAUGGUUCUGUCGACCUCACGUCACAGGAGGAUCCAUCUGUUGUCUCAAUGUUGUAACUUAAUAAAAACAAUGAAUGAC